UAUUUACUGAGGUGCUACGCCCUGACCGACUGCUUUUAGUUGGUUUCGUUUUUGCUUAAUGCCAUAACAGCAGGAUUCACAGACAGCCUGACAGCCUUCCUGAAGCUGACCUCAGGCCUGCUGCAACACAAAACCACACCAGAUUAGUAUUAAUAUACUAAGCUAUGUCCAAAUCAAUGAUGUAAACUCCACCAGCUCACGUUAAUGUUACCGUACCGGUGUUCUCCUUUUAACGUGAUCACAUUCACGAGCGCAUUUAGCUAGCUCCCGUUAGCAUUACGAGCUUUCUGGUGCUAAAAAUGCAAAAUAGUUGACGGAAAUCGAAGACACAGGUGAUUAAAGUAAACUUACACCGUGUAUAAACGGGGUAGGGUUGAUAUCCAGCCACCUUCAUCCCCGUACUUACGCAGAACAGGGCGCGCAUUAACAAGUUAACGAGGUCAACCAGCUGUAAACAAACCAUGGGUCCGAAAAAGAGAGGAGCGUCAAAAAGGAAAUUCGAGGAGGAUUUUGAAGGAGAACAAGAGGCUGAGGAGAGGGCAGACAAGCGGAGGAAGGACCCCGGGAAUAAUAAAUACAUUGGAGCUCAUGUUGGCAUUCAAGGUGGGAUAUGGAAAGCAGUGGGGUCCUGCACAGAGAUGGGUGGCCGCAGUUUCGCCCUGUUCUUGGGCUCCCAGCGGUCAUGGAAGAGGCCUGCACUGGACCAGAAAGCUGCAGCUAAGUUUCGGGAGCAAUGUUCCCUGCAGGGGUUUGACCCUGCUCACAUCCUGCCUCAUGGGUCCUACCUGAUGAACUGUGGAUCUCCUAAAGAAGAUGUGUUUGAGAAGAGCCAGGCGCUGCUGGUGGACGAGCUCAGCCGCUGCAGCCUCCUGGGCCUCGACCUCUACAACUUCCACCCGGGCUCCUCCCUGGGCUCCAUCACCACGGAGCAGUGUGUGGAGAAGAUAGCAGGAGCCAUUAACCACGCGCACCGGCAAACACCUGCCGUGGUUACAGUGUUGGAGAACAUGAGCGGUCAGGGCAACACGGUGGGCGGCACUUUCCCUGAGCUGAAGAGCAUCAUAGACAAAGUGAGAGACCAGAGCCGAGUAGGAGUGUGUCUGGACACCUGCCACGCCUUUGCAGCAGGAUAUAACGUGGCUGCAGAGAGAGGGGUGAAGGCCAUGCUUAAUGAGUUUGAUCAGGAUGUGGGGCUCCGCUAUCUUAAAGCCAUCCAUCUCAAUGACUCCAAAGGUAAACUAGGCUGCAACCUCGAUCGCCAUGAAGACAUCGGGAAAGGUCACAUCGGUAUCUCUGCUUUCCGAGACAUCGUCAACGAGCCCAGACUGGACGACAUCCCUCUGAUACUGGAGACACCCGGACGGCCAGGAUUCGAGUUCGCAGAGCAGAUUGAACUUCUCUAUUCCCUCUGUGAGAAGAAAUAGUUCCCUCACUGCUGAGCCUGCCAAAGCUCAGGGCCAGAGCGUCCGGGCGGUUCUCCUUAAACACACUGGGAAUUAGUUUGUUUGUUAAUCACCGUGUGAACAGUUCCCAACAUGAAGAGAAUAAAGUGUUUUAUUGUGAA